AUGACGCACCUGCCUGACCGGGCGUUCAUCAACUGCACCUCUCUCGUCUCGGUCGCCUUCCCGCGCAGCCUCGCCUCGAUCGGCAGCGGCGCCUUCGAGGGCUGCUCCUCGCUCUCCUCCAUCGACCUCCCUGCCGGCCUCACCUCCAUCGGCAGCCGCGCCUUCGCCCGCUGCUCCUCCAUCGCCCGCGUCACCUUCGCCGCCAGCCUCACCUCCAUCGGCAUCUACGCCUUCUGCUCCUCGCUCGUCUCCAUCGAACUCCCUGAAGGCCUCACCUCCAUCGGCAGCGAAGCCUUCUCUGGCUGCACCUCUCUCUCCUCCGCCACCCUCCCCGCCGGCCUCACCUCCAUCGGCACGCAAGCCUUCUACCGCUGCUCCGCUCUCACAUUCAUCACCUUCCCCGCCGGCCUCACCUCCAUCGGCUACAACGCCUUCGCCAGCUGCUCCGCCCUCGCCACCGUCACUUUCCCUGCCAGCCUCACCUCCAUCGGCAUGAUCGCCUUCGCCCGCUGCUCCUCCCUCUCCCGCGUCACCUUCCCCGCUGGCCUCACCUCCAUCGGCGGCUGGGCCUUCUCCGGCUGCUCCUCCCUGACCCGCGUCACCGUGCCAGAGACCGCCACCAUCCGCCCCAACGCCUUCCCCCCCGCCACCACGGUCCUCCGCCUCCCUCCCAAGAGGAUGCACGGCCUGCAGCGCUGGCACGAUGCAGUGGAUGGGGCUCUGGCCUACAAGCGCUGCCGCCCCCUCCUCUACUGCUGGCUGGAGCGGGCCCAGACCAGGCUCGGCUCUUACGGCCCGGACGGCGCGGCGCGCCAGCGCGACCUCGAGGAGUUCGAGGGCGACUUUGCGCACCUCGCGCUCCAUGCAGACUGA